UACUCACUUGUGACCCCAGAGCCUGGUCCUCCGGCGCCCCUCGAGCGGCCGACACCUCCCCAGGAAGAGGAAGAGCGCCCUUGGCUCGGCCCCGCCUCCCGGGGCGGGGACCGCCUGGCCAGGUGCACACCUGACACAGUGACGCUCCGCCCUCCGCCUCAGUACUGCGCAGGCGCACGGCCCGGACCCUUGCCCAGGGAGGCAGGACUGCGCAGGCGCGUAGGGCGGGACGCUCGAGGUGCGCCUGCGUUGCGCGGGAGAAGUCCCUACGCGCUCAGUGGGCGCCUGGGUGUGAGCGCGGGAAGAUGGCCGAGCCGGUGUCCAAGUCUGUGCUGUUCGUGUGUCUGGGUAACAUCUGCCGAUCACCCAUUGCAGAAGCAGUUUUCAGAAAGCUUGUAACUGAGCAAAAUCUUUCAGAUAACUGGAGGAUAGACAGUGCAGCGACAUCCACAUAUGAAAUAGGGAACCCUCCUGACUAUCGAGGGCAGAACUGCAUGAGGAAGCAUGGUAUUUCCAUGACUCACGUUGCCCGGCAGGUUACCAAGGAAGACUUUGCCACGUUUGAUUAUAUACUUUGUAUGGAUGAAAGCAAUCUAAGAGACUUGAAUAGAAAGAGUAAUCAAAUUAAAAACUGCAAAGCUAAAAUUGAACUCCUUGGGAGCUAUGAUCCACAGAAACAGCUUAUUAUUGAAGACCCCUAUUAUGGGAACGAGUCCGACUUUGAGACCGUCUACCAGCAGUGUGUGAGGUGCUGCAGAGCUUUCCUGGAGAAGGCCUGCUGAUGUCGCACCCGUGCCCCCGGCCCCCGGCGAGCCCCACAGGAGCCACAGUGAGGCCGCAGCUGCUUCUUCGGUUGACCCUGUUUCUUAAAUGCUUGUAGAUGGAAAUCAGUUACUGUAUUUGGCAAAUAAAUAGAAAUGUUUCAUCCAGUUUGUGGGGUACACAAAGCGUUCCUGACGAGUUGAACUCCCACUUUGCCCCGGUUACAAAAAUCGUGGGACACGACCCCCAGAGCACAGAAACCUCCAGCAUCCCCUUCAGGCCGUGUGGGCACACGAGCUCCGCCUCUUCCUCCCUGAGUUUGCGGACCACCGACGGGGACGAUGCCCUCGGCUGUCUCAUGACCCCUUCUCGCCAGGGCCCCCAUCCAGCCCAGCGGGCCAUCCGUGGGAGCUCACCCCAGCUCACAGUGCACACCGUUGACGUAGAAAGUGGGAAAGAGAGUUAGGUGUCCAUCUUUAGAAUAUUUAAUGCUUGCCAGUUUUUGUCUGUCUAUCUGUCCGGUUUAUUUCACAGGGAAGUCAGCUUCUUUCCAUUUGAACCAUUUUGCCUCUGGAAAUUUAAUUCCAUCCAGAAGGAAAGUCACUGUAUGCUGGUUUUGCUUUUAAAUGCUAUGUGACCCAAAUGUCAAAUGUAGAUGAGCUCAGGUGGGGAAAAAAUUAUUAAAAAGUUGGGAAAAGUUCUUUUAUGUUGGAAUGCUUAAAUAUUGAUGCGUUAAGUAUUCUUUCUUUGUUGUUUGAUUUAUAGACAAAUACAGGUAACUUCUGUGCACUUUGAGGUAACUAAUCUAAAAUUCAUAUGGAUUUGUGGCAGAAAAGAUUGUUUUCAAAAUAAACUGGGGAGAUUAUAAAAAUACAACUAA